AUGCUAGACUUACAGAACCAAAACAAGACCUCAAGUAACACCUCAACAACACCAGCUGUUGCUACUACCAGGAUUAAAGAACAAUGCAUACUGUGGGAUCCCACAUGUCAGUCCGAUCUGACAAAGGCUGAGGCACGCAAAAAGUGGUUUGGUCCGAACGGGACCAACUAUGCAUUGCAGGAAGACCCUUGCUUCGAUGACCUUGGUUUCAACCUGACAUCCUGUAGAGGCUUGGCAGUUGAGCCCGAAAGUUCUUCUUUGAGCGUUGCCGCUAAGUCUUACAUGAGGGGCUCCCAGUGCGUGUCCGACCAGAAUUUGUAUUACGCUUCAUAUGCUACAGAUCUUCUUACCUCGAAAACAACAACUCUCACCGACACUUUUGACAGCCAAGAAGUCACUUGGCGCUCGAACGAGAUAUCUACUUAUCCGCCCGGUACCAGGGUUGUGACUCAUCCGCCGAUUCCAAUUUCUACAAGUGACUGCGGUUGCGGCUCGUGCCAACUGUUUGGACCAAAUGUUGAUGUUUACUACUGGCCAGAACCAGAUGCGGACGAAUCGUGCCUAUCGAUUAUAGGUGAUAAAGUGAACCCCGUUCUUGAAGGGGCGAUGACGGACGAGGGCGGCGAAAUCUUUUGGGGCACCGUGACAAAUCCGCUUGAUAUUUAUGUGGGAACUAAAACUACGGCUAGAAUUAUGACGAUCAACGGCAUUACUAUUAAACAGGCUUUGGUGAACCCCUGGGCAGAUGAUGGUGAGGGCACGGAUAUGCCCUCAGUGACUACUACGAGACCUCUGAGUGCAGAUAAAUCCAAAGAUACUUCGACGAUCACUUCGCCUCCAGUGUCUAUAAGGGCGCGUCCAAAACUUAUCAAAAAAGCACCCCUAGGCAUAAAUGGCACCAAGUCACAGGGGGAAACUGGACACGAUAGUGUUAUAGUCUCCGAUGGCCACACUUUCAUCUCUCCAUCGAUCUACGUUGCAUUUACCGAUCUAGAAGCAAAAGACUUUUGUGGACACCGGGGAGUUGGUACUAUUCAUAGCACUAUGUUAGCAUUCACUCCGGGAGAGCUUUCUACCGUACAGGGCCAUGUUUUAGGACCAGGCUAUAACCUACCACAGACGGCAACGAAAGUCUUCGAUUUUGCUGAUCUUCCCUGUCCUUCAAGGGAAAUCAUGGAAGCUGAUUGGUACAAACCCGCACCUGGCGAACCAUAUCGCCCAUUGUUGGCAGUCCCUCAAAAAGUACUCGACUUGGAUCCAUCAUGGCAUGAUUGCACAGACCCGUACUACUUUACCGGUCUUGAUCCACCCAGAGCCCUUGCUGGAGCUACCCAAGUAGCCGGAGACCCAAAUCAGGUAAUGCCGGAUCUACCCAAAAAACCGGGCGAUUGCAAAGACUGCCAGGGUAAAGAGACGCUUCUGGCUCCUCCUGCGCAGACUCCAGCUGCUGCGGCAGUACCUGCGUCUGUUCCUGACCAGCCGAUAGUUGCGCCAACCCCACAACCAGGUGGUAGCAAAGCUCCAAAUGAUCCAACUCAGAAGCCUGCAGACCCCCAGAAGCCUGCAGACCCCCAGAAGCCUGCAGACCCCCAGAAGCCUGCAGAUCCUCCGAAGCCCACAGACCCCCAGAAACCUGCAGACCCUCAGAAGCCUGCAGACCCUUCAACAAAGCCUAGUGACUCGCAGCCUGCCCUUCAAUUCGGCCCUAAUAAUGGCAACACAGACCAGAAUAAGGGUAAUGCAGACCCUAAUAAUUUGAACAAUGCGCAGAUGGGUCAAUUGAAGCAAGCUCUAUCACCAGCUGCUAAUGACCCAUCAAACGCGCAGCCGCAAGCGCAGAAUCCUGCGCCUCAGCCAAACCAAGCUCAAGCUCAACCACAAUCAGGUUCUCAAGGACAGCAGCCCGGACAAAAUCAAUUACCACAACAAGGGGCGGCGAAUAGCGAUCCGCAGAUCAACGCAGGCGCUUCUCUGCCAGCGCAACAACAACCCGCACCAAAUAAACCGCAAGGCUCUCCUCAAGGUGGUGCAGGUGGUUCCGAUGCUCAAGGAAACUCCGCUGGACAAUCACAGCCUCCCUCGCAACCUCAAAAUGUCGUUAUCGGCGGCAAUACUUUUGAGGUCCCUCAAAUACCUGCUAAACCGGCUGCGGUUGUCAACGGCCAGCCAAUUGUGAGUUUGCCAGAUGGAAAGCAGCAGGUCGGAGAUCAGAUUUUCAGUCCAGGAGGACCUUCUGCAAUAGUCGAAGGGUCUACGGUACAGGUCAAUCCGCAAGGUAACGCCAUUGUCAAUGGACAGACGUUUGAGCCCCCACCAGUAGCUGCUACGAAUGUUGCUUCAGGACAUACAAUCGUGAACAACGGAGAUGGUCGAGUAUAUGUUGAUGGUAUUCCACUGCCAACUGGAAAUGAUGCAGCGCCCAAAUUAGUCGGAGGACAGCCGGCUUACGUUGUGCCCCACAGUGCAGUAGGUACAGGGGAACAGCAACCGAGUAUCCAAUUGCCAGCAAAUGCACCAUCAGCAGUAACUACUCUUCCUGGUGGACAGAUUGUACAAGUCAGCAAUGGCGCAUACCAAAUUCAAAAUAAGCCUCUCCAGCAAGGCGGACCCCCUGUUGUGGUAUCUAGCUCUACGUACUCUCUUGAUGCCUCCAACAGCAUUCACGUCAAUGAUCAAGCGUUCAGUCUUCCUCAAAUUACACCACCUCCAAGCACAAAUGUGGCAGGUCAAAAUAUCGUUCCAUUACCUGACGGCGUCUCAAUCGGCGGUCACAUUCUGCACGCGGGUGAUGCACCCAUCACCAUCAGCAACUCAAUUCCUGUCUCUCUUGGCCCUUCAGCCCUGGUCAUUGGCACUAACACCGUCCCCGUCAACCAGGUCUCACCAUCAUCUCCCCCCAUUCUCAUCGCAGCAGGCCAGAGCCUAGUCCAGGCACCCAACGGCGGCUACACCAUCGCUGGUACAACCCUUCUCCCAGGUUCACCAGCCGUCACCAUAAGUGGUACACCCUACUCUCUUGCCCCCUCGGCCUCCGCACUCGUAACGUUCACGCCGAUUGGUAACUCGCAAGUUUUAAUUUCGGGCUCUACACUCUCCAUUAAUGGUGCGCCUCUCACAGACAGCAACGGAACCCCCAUCUCCCUUGCUUCAGGUGGCCUUGUUGUCGGUUCCUCGACCUAUGCCUUCGCGACUCCAGCCUCCAAUAAAGCCGGGGCCAUAACUCCAACCACUAUGACCACUGAUGGGCAGAUCCUCACUGUUGAAAGUGACGGCGAUGUUGUUGUUGGAGGGACUACCCUUAGCCAAGGUGGUCCCGCAGCUACAGUCAGUGGGACGCCGAUUACUGUAGGCGGUGACGGGAUACAUAUGGGAAGUAGCAGUGUGAUACCGUUACCAACGGGACCUGCGACCUUCACAGGAGGCUCCGGUAGGGCCGAGGUUAGACUGAAGAAAUGGUUUGGAUGGUUGCUUAUGGGAUCGGUUGGGAUGUUUUUGCUUUAG